AUGUCUUCUGGUGCAGUGGCUAUGAAAUUGGAUAUGGCGAAAGCGUUUGAUCGAAUGGAAUGGACUUUUGUUCUUACUAUCAUGCAGAAAAUGGGGUUUAGCGAAAAAUGGUGCCAACUUAUUAAUCAGUGUAUAAGUACUUCUUCCAUCUCUAUUAUUUUAACUGGAUCUCCCACUGCUUCUUUCGUUCCAUCUAAGGGUUUACAUCAGGGUGAUGCUUUGUCGCCUUAUAUCUUUAUUUUAUGUAUGGAGGCAUUUAGUAGAAUGUUACAAAAAGCGGAAGAUACUGGUUUGAUCAAACCUUUGCAACCUGCAGCUAGAGGCCCAAAAGUAUCUCAUCUUUUUUUCGCUGAUGACUGCCUAUUAUUCUCAAAUGCUUCUCCAAUAUAUGUUAGUAAUUUGAUGAGGAUAGUUAAUGAUUUUUGUGCAGUCUCUGGACAGAUGGUUAAUCUCCAAAAAUCCAGUAUUCAUUUCAGCAAAAAUUUAGAUGAAACAGCUAAACAAUCUAUUAUGCAUCUGGUUCGUAUGAAGUGUAUGCCUUUGAAUGAGAAAUACUUAGGUAUCAAUUUGUUUAUUGGCAGAAAUAAGAAUGAUUAUUUUGAUGAAACAACGAAUAAAAUGGAUUUCAGACUACAAUCUUGGCAAGGGAAAUUAAUCAAUCAAGCAGGCAGGAGUACUCAAAUUCAAGCUGUGGUGGGAACAAUGGAUAAUUUUCAGCUGGGCUGUUUGAAGAUUCCAUAUAAGUCAAUCAAGAAGCUCGAACCUUUACAAAGAAAUUAUUGGUGGAAUAAACCAUCUUCGAAAGGUUGUAAGAUCAUUGGUUGGUCAGAAGUAAGUAAACCAAAGAGGAUGGGAGAUUUAGGCUUCAAAAAUAUCAAGUUGUUUAAUGAGGCUUUACUAACUAAAUUGGCGUGGAGAAUGCUUCAUGAGAAGGAUGCAAAAUGGGUUCAAAUGUUGCAAGCUAGAUAUUUUCAAAACUCGGAUCCAUUAUAUGGGAGAAUUAAGAAGAAAGGAACAUGGAAUUGGCAGGGUAUACAACAAGGUUUAUCUUGGAUCAGAAAGUUUCAUGUUUGGGAAGUAGGGGAUGGAUCUACAAUUGAGGUCGGUAAGGGUCACUGGUUUGGGGAUUACUCUCAAGAUGUUACUUUACAAAAUCUCUCUAUGCAGGCUACUAAUUUCAAAGUUUCGGAUUUUAUAGACCAUCCAAAUAGGUCUUGGAGGCAGGAUACUCUAAGUCAGCUCUUUACAAGUACUCAAAUCUCACAAAUUAUGGAUAUUCGUAUUCCUCCCCAACCAGAUGUUGAUAAGUUAAGAUGGUCUCUUACUACUUCAGGAAAUUUUUCAGUUAAUUCGACUUACAAUGCCAUUAUCAAACUUCAUUCUUCCCAGGUGGUUACAAGACAGCAAGAACAAAUGUGGUUGUUAAUUUGGCAUCUAUAUAUUCCUUUUAAAUGUCAGAUGUUCAUUUGGAAAAUCACAAGGAACAUAUUACCAGUUGCAGCUAGAUUUCAGAGAAUUGCUUGGGUCUCUAAUCCUAACUGUGUGAUGUGUGAUAAUGCAACUGAAACUGUAGAACAUUUUCUUCUUCAUUGUCCAUUUGCUCGUGCAUUCUGGUUUGGAGUAGCCUUAUCGAUAUUCCAAGAUGCUAAUGCGUAUCGGAGUAUAAGUGAAUGGAUACUAUCCUGGGUAGAAAAGGAUCAUUUGGUCUGUAGUAAGAGAAAAGAGUUGAUAAAUCUAGCUGUUAUUACCAUGUGGCAUAUCUGGAAGACUAGAUGCGUGAAAGUUUUUGAUGGAAAGAAUUUGCAUCCUAGAAGUGUUAUAAAACAGAUUUUUACAUUUUCCCAUCAAAAUAACAUAUGCAUAAACACUGGUUAUAACAGGGAUAGACAAGAGUCUAGAGAUCUAACUCCUCAGCAUUGGAGUUAUCCCCCUUUAAAUUGGAUUAAGAUGAACAUUGAUGUUUCCAUGUUGCCUAAUACUAAUUUUGUUGGUUUGUCUUUUGUUCUUCGUAAUCACACAGGAUCUUUAUUGGAAGCCAUGGCCAUCACAUUAAGAGCUAGAGAUAUUUUCCAAGCUGAAGCUAUUGCUGUGUUACAAGCCACCAGAUGGAUUGCAGAAAGGAACUUUAGCAAAAUUAUUCUAGAAGGGGAUAACAAAAUCAUUAUCGAAGCUUUAAACUCAGGAAAGUUAGAAGGUGUGAAAUGGGAGGAUCAUUCAAUGUUGUUGGAAUGUCUAAGUCUGAUUAAUAAGUUGCAUGACUUUCAAGUCCAGUUUCAUCCUAGAAGAGGGAAUAGGGUAGCUGAUGCCUUGGCCAAAUACGCAAGGAACAAUCAGGUUAAUGGUUAUUGGGUGACUGAACCACCUAAGGUUAUCAAUCAUCUUACUCUGAAGGAUAAGGAUGAUUGCAUUAUUUAA